GAGCUCCCUUUGAAAACCAGAGAAGAGCUUGAGCUUCGAUUCAUCCUUGUAGAUUCUUCAAUGGGGUUCUUCUCCUUCUUCGGCCGCGUCCUCUUCGCCGCCGUCUUCAUGCUCUCCGCCUGGCAAGCUUUCAAUGAAUUGGGUACUGAUGGAGGACCUGCUGCAAAGGAGUUGGUACCCAAAUUUUCUGUGAUCAAAGAUCACCUGUCUUCCAAACUGGGGUUUGCCAUACCAGAUGUAGAGCCUAGCCUAUUAGUUAUGACUGUGAUAGCUUUUAAAGCACUUGGAGGCAUCCUAUUUGUACUUAACAGUAACAUUGGAGCUCUUCUCUUGAUUCUUCAAUUGUCAUUUACCACUCCCCUCAUCUAUGAUUUCUACAACUUCAGUCCAGACACUCCCAAAUUUCAUCUGCUGCUGAUUGAUUUCUUGCAGCAAGCAGCACUUGUUGGUGCACUCUUUUUCUUCAUUGGGAUGAAGAACUCUAUUACUAAGAGGGGUCAAGUCACCAAGAAGAAGAUCCACAAAACCAAAACUGGUUAGACGUAUAUCGAUGAAGCAAUAGACUUUGAAGAGGAGCUUAAAUCUUAGGAUCUCGAAGUGGCUGCUACUCAUCAACAGAUUGUGGAUGUGAACCUUCUUAUUAUUGCUCAUGUAAUUUUUGAAGAUUUUCAUUUUUUAGGAUACAUUACUUCCAUUAACCCUUUUACAGGGUGAAAUUUAUUGUUACUUCAACAGAUGAUUGAUUGCAGCCUAAGUUUCCUCUGAGGUUUUAAAUCUUCCUUACUUAAAAUCAAUGGUACUUUAAUGUAGACAAAUCACGUUCCUUUGGAAUCGUUGAUAUUUUGAUGGUCUUCACAAUUGC